GGAAAAUAACAACAACGGCGAACUUAGACAGGAAAGAGAAACUCCGUUACCCUGCAACACUUCCGGAUCUCUACACGUGAUACCUAGUCACGUGAUCUGCCGGUAUUCUUUCUAAUGUUUACCUAUCACCCUUGUUUAUUAACUUGUUAUCCUCGUGUAAACCCGCUGGAUGUAUUGAAUACCGGAACAGACCGAAUCGAGGGUGUGGUCCCCAUGUUUUUGGUCAAAAACGGUGAAUUAAUUUACGAAAAUUCAGGAAGAAGCUUCUAUAUGGAUUCGGUCGGUAUUAUUUGACAUCAUCUGGUACAUGAUGUACGUGAGUCAUAAGGACACUGUGGACCUUUCCCUAUGCAGGUAAAAUGACUGAUCAGUAAUGGAGACUCCAUCAUUACCACAUGAGGUCAUUUCUCACAUUCUGACCUUUCUUCAUCCGUCAGACCGUAAAGAAGCCUCGCUGGUCUGCAGGAGCUGGUAUGAAGCAAGCCAAGAUCAUCAGUUUCAGAAAAACGUCACAUUCAGAUUUCCGGCUUGUGCGUCUUCGUUAGGGUUUAUCUGUGGUCUCGCAUGCCGGCCUCGAUGCAGUCUGAUCAUCAGCCAUGUGGACGACUCCAAUCUGUCACGUCAAGUUCUGGAGGAGGUCAGAGUUCACCUUGGGGCUCAGCUUGAGGGUCUGGCACUGCCCCGGAGCUGCAUGAUGGAGUCGUCGCUCCUGAAACUGCUGCCGUGCCUGACUGGCCUGCGCAAACUCGACCUUAACGGCCUCGACAGUCUCUUCAUGUCAGGAGCUUUCCUGAGCCAUGAGGAGCAUCGACAGCAGGUUCGUACAGCGCUGAAGAACCUGGAAGAAUUGGGCCUGUCUGACCUGCGCUACCUCUCUGACCUCACCUUUAACCGUCUAACAGGCUGCACUCAGAGACUCCGUCAUCUAGCGCUGGCUGGCUGUCACAUCGCUUUCGAGUUUGACCCGUACCUAGGCUGCGCAGUGGGUCCGGGCUCAUCAGCCAUGCUGUCUCUGAGGAACCUGCUCAGGCUCCUCCAGGAUCAGAGCUCUACGCUGCGCAGCCUGGACCUCAGUCGCACCUCCAUCACCCCUGAGUCUCUGCGCUCGCUGGCUCGUGUCCCAGGACUCCACCUGGAAGAGCUGAGCCUGUCCGGCUGUAAGAAGCUCACUGAUUACUCCAUUGAGCAGCUCUGCAGGCACCAGAGAGGCCUCUACAAGCUGGACUUGAGCGGCUGCACGGAACUGACGAGCCGCAGCGUGCUGGCUGUAGCUGCCGAGCUCAAACAGCUCCGGAGUCUCUCGCUGUCCCACGUCUGGAGGAUGACAGAAAAAGGGCUGGCAGAUUUAAUGACGUUGCCGGCUCUGAGCUCACUGGACCUGGCUGAAUGUAUUCAUGUGAGCGGAGUGGAGCUGGUGAAAGGCCUGUCGUCCCCACGGCCCAGAGCUCAGUUGGAGAAACUCAGCCUCAGGAACUGCACCUACAUCCGGGACGUUUGCUCACUAGCUCAGCUGUUGACGUCCAGUCUGAAAGAGCUGGAUCUGACCUCCUGCGUUGUCCUCAAAGACUCGAGUGUCCGCGCCAUCGCCUCCUACCUGCCCGGGUUGCAGGUGCUGUGUCUCGGCUCGUGUAAAUUGAUUACAGACUGGGGGCUGCUCGGGAUGGAGGAGCCCAGCGAUGGCAAAGAGCACAGCAAGCAUACGCAGGAGGAUAAAGAGCCCAGCUUUACCCGGACUUUCGGGAACAUGGGUUUCUUUCAGCCUCCUAGAAUGCCGUUUGAUGAGAAACCAUGUCUGGUCACUGAUGAGGACUUGGGUGCCUUCAGGGAGCAGGAAGGAGCCUCGCUGCGGGCGAUCAAGGGUCUACAGGAGCUCGACCUGACCGGCUGCUCCAAACUGACAGACAUCAGCAUAACGCAAGUUCUGCGUUUCCCCAUGCUCCAGCGCCUCUCUCUCGCCAUGCUGCCAGAGAUCAGUGAUGAGGGCGUGGCAUCUGUAGCUCUUCACUGCCGCUGCCUGACCAGCCUGGCGCUGAGCGGCUGUUCCCGGCUCACGGACGAGGGUCUGGCUCGCGCCCUGCCUCACCUGCACAGACUGCAGCACCUGCAGCUCGCCUACUGCGACGGCAUCACAGACAGGUCCCUGAGCCUCAUAGUCCAGCACUGUAAGAGACUGAGGACACUGGAUAUCUCCACGUGCAGAGACAUUACUGUAACUAAAGUGGACCUCCUCCAGUCACACCUGCCCUUUUUGGAAAACGUGCAUUAUCGUUCUGUGGGUGGAGCAGACUUAAUCCUCACGCUCUGAUUAACAGUACUGUUGUGUGGAAAAAGUUUUGGUACCACUACAACAUUACAAUGUACAUUUUAAACAUUUAGAGAAGGUGAGAUGUACAACUAAAACGUGGACCAACAAACCAUCCAAGCUUCAUCUCUGUGUAAUUUUCCCCUCGCUCGUAUACCGUCAAAUCCUGUUGGGCUUCCAAUAUUCAUUCCCGCCUCCUGCGCACGGAUCGGCUAGUUGUUCUGACACACAAGCAUUCGGACCAUACGACAGUUAUCGGUAACACUUUCUAUGACGGUCACAGCUACAAUGAACUAUGAGCAUAUUCAUAUCAUGUCAUAAAGCAUUGAUAAGUUAUUACACACGUGGUUGUAUCAAUAUUAUUUAUUGAUAUAAAAUGCAUGACACUUUAUAGCUAUCUGUAUUAUGCAUGAUGGAUUCUAAGUAGUGUUCAUGACACAUUAUAACGUUGAGAACGUUUGUAAAGUGCUACCUUUUUUUUCCCUUUAACGAAUCAGUUAUACCAGAAAGAUUGUCAGGAAAUCAUUCUGCAAAACUUUACAACUUGUCAGCGUGUGUACAACGAAACAUAAUGCACUAAUGAAUUUAUUUGGUAUUGGCGAUUAUAAUGCAUCAUAAACACUGCUUAUAAAUUGUAAAUGCAUUUUAAACACUUCUAUAAACCAUUAUACACAUACAUCUUUUCCUAAAUAAUUCUAAUUAUUGUUAAUAAUGUUUAUGAAGGCUUUCAUAGGUCACUAUAGACGUGGCCUUAAUAGAAAGUGUUACCAAAUAAUCGACUCAAGUUCAGGUUGUUAGGAUAAUGUGACAAAAUGCUAUUUGACAAUGUUUGUUUUUUUCCUGUUAAUUUGCCUUCAUGUUUCUCUGAAGCAUUUGUUAGCUUGUUUCCUCUUUGCACAUAAACUCUAAAAGGUAAAAUACAUAAAAUAGUACCUUAUGCACUUGAAAUGCCAUAAACAAAUGUCUUUUUUUCUUUGUAAUAUGCAGUGUAUACAGGUGCAUCUCAAAAAAUUUGAAUAUCGUGGAAAAGUUAAUUUUUUCCGUAAUUCAAGUCAAUAAAUUAAUUUAAUAAUUAAUUUAAUAAAUUCUUUAUUCUAAUAUGGAUUUUUGAUUUCCAUGAGCUGUAAGCAGUAAUCAUCAAGAUUAAAACAAAAAAAAGGCUUGAAAUAUUUCACUUUGUGUAAUGAAUCUAGAAUAUGAAAGUUUCUACAUUUAAAAACCCCCAUAAAGAGCAGUAAACAGAAAUAAAUUAAACAGUCGAUAUUUGGUGUGUCGACGAUUUGCUUUAAAAAAUUUUAUCAGUAAUCUCAGGUACAAUUUGUGCAGUUUUAUUGAGCAUCUUGCAGAACCAGACCCAGUUCUUUUGGAGACUUUGACAUUCGCACUUGCUUAUUUUUGCAGCAAAACCCAGCAGCCUUAUACGCUGCUUUCUUUACUGACAUACAAACAUUUUUCUGUAACAUUUAAUGUUGUGCUGGAAAACUAAUGUUAAUAGUAAUACAAUAAGGUGCCUAAAACUUUUGCACAGUACUGUAUAUUAUAUAUUACAGGUAUGAAAUGUUUUUUGUACAGGGAUAGAGCAAGAAAAUCAGAGAAAUCCAUUUUUCUAACUUUAUAAACUACUAAACAAGUCCAUUUUAAUCAACAUUUGAACAAACAUUUCAAAGAGUACACAGGUUAUUAGGGAUGAUUCUAUAUGUUAACAAAUAAUAAUUUUUACCAAAAAAAAAUUGUGUUCAGUCUUUACAGUAUAACAGUAUAUAUGUAAAGUACAACACCCCGAGUACAGUGAGUUGUCCAAACACAAGUGAUUUGCCUUUAAUAUCAUAUAUAUCACACACACACACACAUUAUAUCAGUUAUGCAGAUGAUUGUGAUGGCGCAAAGCUGAAAUGUGUACACAGCAUGUGGAAAGGCUGUCACUGGUACAGUGAAAAGUUUUUACUGCUGUUAUUGCACAAAUAGUAAAGCCAUAGUGUACUGUACCAGGGGAUUUUAUUUAUCAUGUAUGCAUUUUAAAUAUGUUUUAAAUAAGUAUAUUCAUCAUCCAGUAUGAUAUGGAACAACUUUGAUUCAAUCUGAUAUUUGAUAAUACCACAGAAACUGAUCCAAUACAAUAUAAUUCAAUUUGAUUUAGUAGCCUCGGAUCGAUAUCAACCAAAUCAGUGUUGAAUGUUCUGGGGUGAAUAUGAAUGAUUUUUUCACACACCAGCUGUUUGUUUACUUUUUUCGAAAAUAAUCAGUUUAUAAUUGUUGCAGGAUUACCUUCAAGCGAUGCCUUUUAAAAUCAAUGCAUCAAAGUAAAUCAUCAGACCGUUACACUCGUACAACAAAGUAAUGCUGCUUUCACACUUGCACAUGCUUUUACGCAGUCAGACAGCAAUUUAACCAGAUUGGAAGAUUUGGAUAACAAUAAACAUCGCAAAACUUAAAAAUGAUUGUCUUGUUACUUUGCAACAUGAAAACACUGACUUUGAAACAUCUCCGAUUGAACGUAUUAAUAUUUUCGCACUAACAAGACUUUUUUUUUUUUCUUUUUUCCACACGUAGCACUGUGUUCCCUUAAUUUCAAAUGCAUUUGAUGUCAUUGUACACUUUUUUUUUUUU